AUGCCGCGACUGGCUAAUUUGCAGACAGGAUCAACGGACUAUGAGUAUGGUCAACUCCCGUAUAAUCACACAGACUAUGGCGAACCUGAUGUCGCCGAUUGCAAAUUCCCUUCACUACCUAAGAAGGUGAACAAAACGUGGGAGCGAAACGCCAUCUGGGGAAUUAUAGGGACUGCCUUCUUCCUAGUUGCCUGCUUUAUCGGAGUCGCGAUAGCUUUCACAGUCGUGUUCGCUGUCAAGUCCCCCAAUUUUGGCGGCUACAGCUCCCACAGCCCACCAUACGCGCUCUACAAAAACACUCGAUUCGAGGAAUGCUACGGUGCACCAGCAUCCACGGCAAACUGUUCCGCCAUACUAGUCUCUCUGAAUGACACCAGCAUUACUGGCUCCGGGGGCAAUGACGUCGCGUACCUUGGCAGUAAUAAGGUAUUCAACAAGGACAACAACCCUAUCGCGGACUGGUGCGAAGCCAUCAGCUGCUUUAAUGACUACAAGGUCAUUCCGUCUACUCCACGCGAUUCGGCCAUUUGGCCGACUCUGCUCACUAGCUGGGCCACAUCUGCUGGCUUCCUAGCAGGAUCGCUGUUUCAGCUUUUGCUACAGCAGAAAGCGUUGUACAGCCCGAGAAAUAAGCCCUGUAAAGCGCUCGGCGAUAUACACUGGUACAGUUGGUUAUUUAUUGGCUAUGAUCUAUUUUCGUUCGCCUGGUGGUGGGUGUCAUUUGGGAAACUGGCUGCCGCGCCAGAGAGCGCUGCCACACCUUUCAUAGUUGGCUGGGUAAUCCCCUGGAAAUACGCCGGUCUGUUCAGAUACCAUCCAUUUUCUUGCGCCUUUGGAAAAAACCGGCGUGGGAAAAAUGUCGCACGGUGGAUCUUGUACAUCCUAGCAGCGAUACAGUGGAUUGCUUCGUGGUACGUGAUCCACGUCAAUUUUCCAUCCAGGAUGGCUAGCUGGGGCCUGCGUGCGCCUAAUCCAAGCUACGAUUGCGUGCAGUCUCAAAUCGACGCUGCGCCCGGAGUUUCGUCUUGCUCAGCGACACAGAUCUGCUCUCGCAAUUGGCUGUUCGUUGAUUAUGGGUUUGAACUCGCCUAUCUGCAUCAAAACUCAACUAUCGCUAUCGGGCUAAUGUUCCUUGCAUUGACAAUAGCGGCCCUUUCCCCUCUGUUAAUGGCGGCCGCGGCUUGUUUCUUAAGAGAUAAGAGUCCGGACCUAUCGCCUCGUAGCCUGCUACGAUGGGCAGAUCCUGGACCAAUUGCUAUCCUUUCCAUUCUCUCCGUUUUUGAGAUUAUUACUGGGUGUAUACUUGUUGACGAUAUGGUAAAGAGACUCAACGUUACUCCUGACGCGGCGGUCGCCUUCGACUGGGAAUGUCAGGCUAUUCAUGUUGCUUUGAGUCCUUGGAGGUAUUACAUCGAUGUGGACUAUGAACGGGGGCGGCGAAUUGCUAAGUUGUGGUUCAAUUCAUGA